UAAUUUUUGAAAAGGAUAUAAAAGGUUAUAAAAAAAUGAUAUAGAUAAGAUUCGUUAAGCUUUGUUUGGCAGUGUGAAGGGUGUUCUUUUUGUGAAUUGUUAAUGGCUUCUGAAACUCAAAGCAGUGAAAUGUUAACUAGGGAGCAGCUUUUUCAUCUUUUUGAGCGAUUCAGUGUUCUUACUUCACAACCUGAUGUGAAGAAAAGGAUUGUAGAUGCUGUUUUGGAUAAGCAGGAAGCUGUUGCUGUAACCACUGCAAUACAGGAAGAAAUUUUUCUGGAGAUGGGUGUUGACCCGGGAUUUGGUAUUUCAUGUCUGGGAAAAAUCAGUACUGUAUAUGAGAAUGACCAAGAUUUGGUGAUUCAAUUUUAUAAAUUUCUUGCCAAAGAAGAGAUGGCCUGCGAUGAAGCAGAACUUGGAGAAGAAGAAUUUGCAGAAAAAAUGCGCCAUCAACAAAACUUACAGGAACAUCAACUAGAGAUGCUGAAGCACAUGCGCAAGUUUAACUUGGAUGAUCAAUCUGCCAUCCUUGAGAAGUUGCACCAGCAGAUGGAAAAUGGGAAUUAUGAAAGUGAGACAUCCAUUUUGUCAGCUGAGGAGAUUGAAGAGAUAGUUCAAAGGAAGGUUACCCCUCUGUUUAGCCCAAGUUAGACCCAGAAUCUGCCCUUCGGUUAUAUCAUGUUAAGAGUUACCUUAUUCCAAGUGUAAUUAAGUAUCAUGUGUUACUUCACCUAUCAGCCAAAUGCAUAUUAUUCCACGAUGUGUUGUUGUAUUAUUACUUCACUUCAUUUAGACUUCUUACUUCUAGAAUCUGAGGAAGCAGAGUUUGUAGUAUGUGAUGCAUUUUGCAUUGGUUUAGCCCAAUUUAUGAUGAUACUAUGAGGUUGUUGCACUCAA